AUGUGCUGUUUUGGUGCUUGGGAGAUACUAAAGUCAUCUUUGUAUAUAUUAUCCACUGGGGCUGGUGCUUAUGUUGUGGAAACGAAUAACCUGGAGUGGAACACACCAUUUCCAGCGGUUACUGUUUGCAAGCAUACGGAUAUGGAAGCGGUUAAACAGUACCUGAAGAAGUUUCAACCAAUAGAAACCGAGUUUGGUAGCUGUUAUGUUUUUAACUCUGCUCUUUUAAAUAACGCUAGUCUAUUGACAGUUAAUAGGACAAUCGGCCUGCCUGAUUUAGUAUUUCACGUCAGAAAAAUUGUAGCGGUACGGAUUCACGCUCCUGGAGAUAUUGUUUCAGGCGGAAUGUUAAACAUAUUACAAGUUCAAUCAGUGCCAUUGGUUACUGAGAUGGAUGUAAUGCUGAGGGCUGAACCAACAAUUAAUGACGAAUCAGUUAAAACUCUAUCCGAGGCAUCACGAGACUGUCUAUUCGAUGAUGAGCGACCUUCUUUCCCUGACUGGCCCUUCGAAUAUUACACCCGGAGUGCUUGCAUUUUGUAUUGCAGGGCGCUUGCUCAAAUGAAUCGUUGUAAUUGUACACAUCACUUUUUAGCAAAAAUAGUUGACAUGGGUGGUAUCGGUGGAGUGUUUUUCGGUGCUUCCCUCCUCAGUGUCAUAGAAUUGAUUUAUCUCCUUUGCAUCCGACGUAACUGA